GAAGACGGAGCACAACACCAACGCCCACUCGCUGAUGAUCGCAGCAGUCAUGCGGCCUCGACUGUUUUGAUCCACAGCCGGGACAGACAGGCAGGGCAGAGAUGGCGGAAGACUGGAUGUCCGGGUAACUAUUGCUAACUGCCCAACUAACUGGGGUAAAAACUCCGUUGUACUAAAUAAAGAGAGCGGUAGUCGCCGGACAAGCUGGCGGCUUUGCACGGUCCUCGGUUCCGCCCGGAUGACAUGGAGAUCUCGGCCGAGGCGGAGGCGGAGGAGCGCAGGAGGGAGCACUGGAAGCUACUGUCCAGCCUGAAGACCACAGUCGAGGGUCUUGUGUCCACCAACAACCCCAACGUGUGGUCACGUUAUGGCGGCCUGCAGAGGCUCCACAAGGACAUGAACAACAUCCUGAGCCACGGGCUGAAGAACGAGCAGGUGUAUUAUAAGCAGAGAGACUACUGGCCGUUCGUGUGGUGUGUUCGCUACAUUAGCCCUCACCUCGCGACUCAUGUCGAACAGUUUAGUCACCUGGAGCCGGUACUGAGCAGUGGGAUGAAGAGUGCUGGUGAAAGCUACAAGGCUGAGCGCUGGCUGCUUCACAGCUUACAGGUUCACAUGCUGUCGGCUCAGCUCAGACCUCUGCUCCGGCAUCUGGGACACACCCGUAAAUACUAUAACGAUGAUGCCUUCCUGCUGAGCGAGCCUCAUGUGACCGCCAUGUUUCAGUGUCUGGAAGCUGUUGAGCAGAAUAACCCAAAACUGCUGGCCCAAGUAGACACUGUUGGGCUGUCACCUCUGAAAGGCCCACCAUGUCUGGGCCUGUUGAAGAGCCAGAGCCUGUGUGUGUUGCCAGGUGCUGGAGGGACAUGGAGGAGCGCUGACUCAGCUCUCAGAGGAGAAACUCUAAAUCGCAGACUCACCACCUCCAACUGCUCCCUCCGAGAAGCAGUCGCCACCAGCCACAACUCUGGGAACAUUACAGGAGUCGGAUCCCAAAACAGCAACAGCACAAUCACUACCUCUCCAGCCAGCAGCCUGGGGGCUCCCUGGGUGUGUGUGUCCAGGCUUGGGGAGGGCGAGCAGGGUGUGACGCCCCCUCCCGGCCCCCCAUCAGUCCCUUGUAUCUCCCUCACAGAGUCCCCCUUGCCCACCCCUCUUCAGCCUGAGGCUGGGGACUCUUGUGACGGAGACUAUGACGAUGGUCCAGAGUACCUGGCCAUUGGUAACCUGGGGCAACGCAGUCGUCGUGAUUCCCGCAGCUCCACCCACAGCAGUGAGCAGAGCGAGAUUCAGGACCAGUCCCUACAACGGGGUUCCCUGGUUGCACCCCCACCCAGACGCUCAUCUUUCUCAGAAGGCCAGAGGGGUCCAGGCCGGGGGUCCCGAGGACACACACGCUCAUUUUCUGACACAGGGAUCAAUCAGAAACUCAGGAAUGGAGGGGGCCACCGAAAAAUCACCAUAAUAAUAGAAGAUCCGGUAGCAGAAUCGGCAGGGGAAAGCUGUAUGAAGGACUACAGCCCUUUUUCACCUCAGCGCAAUGAUGCCAGCACCCCUAAUUCCCUCUACAUGGAGUCUCAUGGGUCCCAGCACAGCGGUGUCCCAGAUGGAAUGUUCAGGAAGCCGUCGGAGGGUCAGAGCCUCAUCAGCUACCUGUCAGAGCAGGACUUUGGCAGCUGUGCUGACCUUGAGAAGGAGAACGCUCAUUUCAGCAUUUCCGAAUCCCUGAUUGCUGCUAUCGAGCUAAUGAAGUACAACCUGCGGCGUCAGGAGGAGGAGGGCGAGGAGGAGGGAGAUAGCGACUGUGAGAUUCAGCAGCUCAAACAGAAGAUCCGCCUACGGAGGCAACAGAUCCGACGCAGCCGCCUACCGCCUUGCGCAACCUCGCAGCACAUUUUCCACUCCACUGACAGCGGAGGUUCGAGGAGGAGCUCUCAGGACUCCUACCAGGGUCUGUCUGACUCCGGCUCAGCCGAGGAGGUGGAGGAGUGCGAACUACAAGAUGGCUGUGAGGGUCAGUCCCUGCUGGCGGUGUCUCAGAACGGCCUCUCCCUGUCACUCGCCUCCCUCUUCUCAGAUGCAGACAUUAAGCGCAGUGUAAGCUCCAGCGGCAGGUCUUUUCUCAGCUCAGAAUCCAUCUCUCCAUCCUUCCUCCAGUCUAACUCAGCUGAGUCAGUAGCCAUGGGUUUACUCAGGCAGUUUGAGGGCAUGCAGCUUCCUGCAGCCUCAGAGCUCGACUGGCUGGUCCCAGAGCACGAUGCACCACAGAAGCUGCUGCCCAUCCCCGACUCUCUGCCGAUCUCGCCUGAUGAUGGUGAACACGCAGACAUCUACAAGCUGAGGAUUCGGGUCCGAGGUAACCUGGAGUGGGCGCCGCCCCGACCGCAGAUCAUCUUUAACAUUCAUCCCGCCCCCAAGAGGAAGAUAGUUGUCGCUAAGCAGAACUACCGCUGCGCUGGCUGUGGCACCCGCAUCGACCCAGAUUAUAUCAAGCGACUGCGUUACUGUGAAUACCUCGGCCGUUACUUCUGCCAGUGCUGCCAUGAAAACGCCCAGGCGGUGGUUCCUGGCAGAGUGCUGAGGAAGUGGGACUUCAGCAAGUACUAUGUCAGCAACUUUGCCCGGGACCUGCUGAGCAAGAUUGCCGGAGACCCCCUGUUCAACCCCAAUGACAUCAACAGUGUCCUGUACAAGAAGAAUAAAGCUCUGGAAGCUGUCAGGGUUUUGAGAGAGAAGCUGUUUCACAUGAAGAAUCUCUUCAAAACCUGUCGCUUUGCUAAAGAGGUGCUGGACCAGUUUGACAGCUUGCCAGGUCAUCUGACCGAGGAUCUUCACCUCUUCUCCCUCAAUGACCUCACUGCUGUGCGCAACGGUGAUUUGGCCCCCCGAAUGAAAGAGCUGCUUAAACUUGGUACCAUGCACGUAGCUGGCUGUGUGCUGUGCCAGGCGAAGGGCUUUGUGUGCGAGUUCUGCGGCAAUGAAAAAGACAUCAUCUUCCCCUUCCAGCUGAACAAGUGCCAGCGCUGCGAAGAGUGCCAUGCAUGUUACCAUCGCAACUGCUUCCGGACAGGUAAAGACUGUCCUCGAUGUCAGCGCCUGGCAGAGCGGAGGGAGAGGAUGGCGCGCAAAAACAUGGAGGAACAAGAAGAUGAGGGUGGUGGGAGCUAGUACUGGUAACAGAAGAAACUCAGAGACAAAAGAAGAUGAGCACAAUGCGACCAUGAUUGUAGUGACUUACCACCUCUCUUUCUGUUCCAGUCCUGUCAGACCUGGGUGACAAUACUCGUGUUUUGAUCACAAAAUAUUGACCGAUUUAGUACACCAUGGCAUCAGUUUUCUCAGUGUCAUAAGAGUCAUCAUCAGGAACAUGGCUAAUGUUAAUUUUCAAAUGCAUUUAGUGUAAGCUAAAUAAGACCCUUUUACACAUGCACUUUACUCUGUGAGUAGUAACAGUUUUUGUGUCUGCAUCAUAUUUGACUAGGAAUAGUGACUUCUUUCUUUUAACUUGAUACUGAUUCAUUCCUAAAAUUUCCUUGCACUUACAAGAUUUGAAAAGUCUGCUGUUUGGCGACACCUACUGGCAGUAUCAAAAAUAUCAUUGCGGCCAACAGCAUGAAGUUUAAAAAUGAAUGAUUUUGGCAGCCUGUGAGAGAAGUAAAAAAAACAUUAUUCUUCCUUUUGUGUUAUUAUUGUCACCUUUUUGAGCUGCGCUGUACCCGUCAACACUGAACUGUUUCAUAAGAGAAUUCCAAGUGUGAAUGACAAAACCCUCUUUGUCUUAUGGGGAUGUUUGAUGCUAGCCAUGUUACAAUUACAUUAAACUUAUUGGCACUUUGUUCCUCUGUGGUAAAACUAAUAUAUUUGAGAUUAAAAUAGAUCAGUAGAAAUAUAUAAAAGUAUUUGCUCAGACUGUUGUACCCAGGUUUGAUAUUUCUUCCCGCAAUUGCAGCUUCUGUGAACUGCUUCAACUCUGGUGAUUUUAUUAGCUACUGGCUCUGCUGAAGUUUGUUUUUGUGGCCUGAAAAGGCAGAAUCUAUUUUUAAAAAAUCUAAUUAAGUUUCGUUCACUUUAUGAUUUGACCAUUGAUUUUCAGCGCAGAUACUGUAUUUGAGCAGUCCUGCCCUUUAUGUUGAGGUUUCUAUUUUAUUUUGAUAAUACUGAAGAUAUUUAACCAAUCCUUGAGUUAUUAUUCGCCUCACUGUCCUGUUUUAAAAUAUUUUAGCCUGGGACCAAUGAACUUAAACUGGUGGAGUCACAUUCAUAGAAGGACUGGACUUGGCAAAGGGGUUUCGGAGUGUUGCAAAUAUUUUAAAUGAAACUGAAAAUACUCCAUUUUUGUGCUGCUUUGAGUGAGUGAAAGAGUGUGUGUGUUUUAUUAGAAAAAGCUGUUGGAAUAAGUGUGGGUGUGUGCCCACGUCUGCUUGCUGUACAUGCAGCCAUGCACAAUUGGUUUGCACCAGCCUAACCAGCACUUGCCUGUUUUCUAAAGUUGUAAGUUUUGGAAUAAGAGAGAGCAAAGUCAAUUGCACUGAUCCUGUCUGUUGUUGUUGGAGCGGCGAGUUGGGAUGUCACUCUUUGGGUUUUUUGGUAAUGUUCGUUUUUAAGAACAUGAACCAUCACGGUGAAAUGUUUCUGUUGUCAUGAAGCUCCUGUCACCUGGGUUGCAAUACAUUGUGAGUCCAAAAUAACAGCUACAGUUUAGUAGAUUAUAGUUGAUAAAUAGCCAGAAAAACAGAUAGCCAUUUCUUUGCACUUUGAGACCACUUGGGUUCAGAACCACUGGUCUAGUAUAGAUUUUAGAGAAACUUUCCACCUGUUAUGGUUUAUCUGGAUGCUUUUAAAAAGGAAAAAAAAAAAAAAAAACUUGGGGUUGCUUUUAUUUUGUUGAUCUUGUAGGGUUUAGAAAUAUCUAUUUAGUGGCUCUGUAGUGAGUUACAUUUACCACCAGAGUAUGAUAAAAUGAAUUUCACGCAAUAGUAAACGAUAGGAGGACAGCUGUGGGGAAGAAAAAGUGCAACCCACUGAUUUAAUCACACAUUAGAUGUAAAAUUAGAUUUGUUGUAUUGGAUUUUAGUACCAGUCUAUCAAUGGAUUAGGCUCCAGAGUGCAUACCAUCCUCAACAGGCGUUGCUUUAUGUGUACAGUCCCUCAUGAGGUCAACACACUGUCAUGAGACACUACUUAAAGCAAUAAACGUGGUAUUCAUGUCUAAGCCCCUUAAAGAGACAAACCGCACCCAUGUCUUUAGUUUUAUCCAGGAUGCUUUUAAGCGAAAAACUGAACUCUUCAGCUCCUAAACAAAGUGACCGCUCAGCUCCACUGAAAUGCCUCCUCAACUCAGCAGACUGUUUGUCCUUGGACUGCCUUUAACAUGGAUGCGUGUGGAGGUUUAAAGUGCACUACACAUUAAAAUGUCAAUUAUUGUUAAUAUGAUUAUUGUUUGUGUUAAUUUGUCUUUAUUCUGUAAUUAUGUUGAUAAUAAAAGACUGGCCAGACUGUU